UGUGUAGAGUCCGGACAGAUUUAACGGUUGCACCGAGGGAAAAAGCGUCUUCCCCGGCUGUUUCUCUUUUGUAGGAAGUGUCGUUUACCCGUCAGUUGCGGAUCAAACAAGAAUAUAUCCAUUUACAGAUAAGUUUUUACCGGGCGGAGUGUGCGAGUGUUGGCCAUGGCUGGACCUGUCAGUCUGGAGUUGGAUCCUAUCUUUUUAAAGGGACUGAGUUACCUGCACUCCAAGAGUAAAGACUCCGCUGACAAACUCAAAGCUCUACUAGAUGAGUCCCUCGCUAGAGGAAGUGACUCAAGUUACCGGUCAUCACAAAAAGAUGUAGACGUAUUCAAGGUUUCUGUGCCAAAGCUGAACAUAAAACAGGAAUCCAAGUCAUCUUCAAGUUCCUCAUCCUCCAGCAGCAGCAGCAGCAGCAGUGGCAGUAGCAAAUCCAGUUCAGAGAAGAGCAAGAAAGAGGCAGAGAAGAAACCAGCUGAGAAGUUCAGGGUUGACAUUGUUGACGUGGACCCUCCAAAAAAGCCUCGUUUGGAGAAACAAGAGAACCGCUCUUCUCCAAUCACAGUUCAAACAAGCAAAGACCUUCUGCCAAACAUAAAUGACUAUGAGACUAACGCUGAUAUUUUUGCCAUGGAAAUGGGGCUGGCUUGUGUGGUUUGCAGACAAAUGACUGUAACCAUGGGAAACCAGCUGGUGGAGUGCCAGGAGUGUCAUAACCUGUACCACCAGGACUGUCACAAGCCUCAGGUCACAGACAAAGAAGUUAACGACCCGCGACUUGUAUGGUAUUGUGCCCGCUGCACCAGGCAAAUGAAGCGCAUGGCACAGAAACCUCCACAGAAGCCAUCUCCUGCAUCUGCAUCAUCAGUACCCGUUGUAAAAGAUAUUCUGGUGAAAAAGACGGAGCUGAAAUCCAAACCAGACACAACCAGCACUUUCCAGGCCUUCAAAAGAACAGAAGUGAAGGCAUCCACAACAUCAGCCAAUCCCACUAGCAGCAGCUCCACCUCCGCAGGCAGUGGUCUUACAGGCUGGGCAGCAUUCGGCGCCAAGACGAGCCCUUCUCUUCCUGCCAGCUCCAAACUGGGUUCCUCGGGUCCAAGUGGAAGUAGCAAGACCAUAACCGCGUCCUCUGCCCAAAAGCCGCCCGGGCUGUCUGGCCUAGCAGGAGCCAAGUCAGGAAUUGGUAGUGCCAAGGUACCCGGGGCCAACAAUGGGAAUGGCUCCAGCCAGGUACCUCUGAAACCUCCUCCACCACUGGCUCUGGGUAAGCAGCCAGUGAGCCGCACAUCGAGUGGUGAAGCUCAAGGGAAAGGUUCCAGUUCAUCAGGGGCCAGCUCCCCAAGUGGUUCCCAGGGGAGUGCAGGUGGGAACGGAGGCAAUAAUGGAGGAGGUAAUGGGAACAAUGGCAAUGGGUCAAAGGUGGCGCCAGGAGACAAAGCGCCGACGUCUCAAGAGUCUCAGCUUAAUGCAAUAAAGCGUUUACAGCUCGUGAAGAAGAAAGCAGCACAAAAGAAACUGAAAAAAUAAAUGGAACCAAGAAGAAACAUCGAGAAAAAGGAGCUACUGUAGCACCUAAACAGUGUGACUUUAUUGCCAGAAUAGAAUGACGUCUGUGUUGCAGGAGCAUCUGUACUUGGACUAACACGAUGUAGUCGAAUACUUGAAUCUAACUUUGUGACAAUGCUGCUGCCUCGUCCCGUUCUAACAGAUCAAACCACUGAAACAUCUUUAUCAACAAACAUCAUUAAAAAUCUUUCUUCUGGAAAACCAUCUGUACUAAUUUGUUGUCCGUAAAUGAGAAUCUUUUUUUUUACUACAGAACAAACUGAGAAUGGAUCCCAACAGUUAUUAUACAGGACAUUUUUAAUUAUGACAUAAUUUUGCAAAUAUAAAUGACAGAUUUCUUUAACUUCACAUAAAAUAUAUACUCUACAUAUAAAUCAUUUCAUAUAUAUAAUAUUUACUUCAUCUAUAAAUUUACUUCAUCUACAAAUCACUUCACAUAUCGGUUUUACUUCAUUAAUAAAUCACUUCAUUACCAAAAAUAAACAA